ACCUUACCUCAAUUGAACUUUCUAGGACACUACGCGUGCGUCCUCGAUAAUAGAGCAAAUUUGAAUUUCUUAACAACAAUUUUUUUAGCUAGUUUUGUAUGAGGAAAAGAUGGAUCUGUAAUUGUUCGUAGGAAACUGUGAUGUUGGGGGAUCUGAAAGUUGUAGAAAUGAAAAAUUUGUUUCGAAUAAUAAACAACAAUCUUGCGCGGUAGCUUCUGUUUAUGAAGUUUGUAUUUCAUUUUUGUCGAAAUGGUCUAUUUACAUUUUCCAAAUAAUCUCACAGAAGAAGAGUUAAUGUUACAAACAAAAUAUCAGAAGCUGAAGAAAAAGAAAAAAGCUCUGCAGGCCUGGAAAGCUCCUAAACCAGAGCCUGAGAGAACAGCUCCCACUCAGAAACGACCAACAGAAGGUCGAGAUGCCCGUGAAGUUGCUCGGAAACUUCUGAAAUCUGGUGCUAUCACUGCCAUACCCAAAAUUCAAAAGCGAACAGAACAGGCUGGGUUCAAGAGGCCUCGUGGUUUAGAAAGAAAAUUGUCUGCAGCUGAGCGAACUGUCAGUGCAUAUCAACCAUUCCAGCCAGCUCAUGCAGACGAGGUGCCAGCCGCCCCAGCAGAUCCUCCAGAAAAGCCCCGUGUUAAGAACCUAUAUGAUAGUUUUGUAACUGCUCGAGAAAAAGAUGCAGGUGAUAAAGACAAAGAAAAGAAAACGGAAAAGCCAAGAGCAGGGAACACAAUUUUUGUUCAGGGUUACUCAAUAACUGAAGAUCUGCUCCGCAAAGCCUUCAUGAACUGUGGAACCAUUAUAAAUGUAUCUAUGGAAGUUGAAAAAGACCGUGGGUUUGUUACUUUUAAAACUGAAGAAGCUGCUGAGCGUGCCAUAUCUGAGAUUAAUGGAAGUAAGGUGUCAGGAAUUCAAUUGAAGGUAUCAUUAGCUCGUAGACAACCUCAGAUCACCCCUGUCAGUGAUGCACCCUCUUCAUCAUCUGGUCAUUGGUCAGCAAUAGCUGCAAGUCAUUCUCAAAAAGGAGGUCAUAAAGAUAAGAGACAGCCUGUGGUGUAUGGAGAGGAAGAUGAUAUGUUCUCAUAGAGAUAUGUACCGUAUGUAUAUGUGUACUGUUGUACCUAAGAAUUUUAGUAUUGACUGUAUAUGUCAUGUGUAUAGCGUUGUUCUUGAAAAUGAUUGGAUACAGCCUUUCUUAUAUCUAAUGUGCAUGAAACUUUC